AGAUUUUACACUGUGACGUUUGGAAGACUGAAAUCGGGUGUGUUUCGGUACGACUUCUAAAAUCUUUAUAAAUCUUUUAUAUCUGCGACUCAUGAACGAUACUCAGUAACUGGUCUGCCAGUAAAGCCAAGAUGUAAUCAUAACAAAAAUCAGGUAUAUCAGUGCAGUGAUCUAACAUCGAAUGACAUGUUUUAUUUUCAUUCUAAUUUUUACCACACUAAAAAUAAGAUUGAUCAGAAUAACUACAUAUUACAUUAUUGUAAAAUGCCAAACACAAAAAGAAAGCGUCCUAAAGAUAAUUCCAGAAGCAAAAAUAUGUCAGUACAAUACUUCGUACGCAAGCAUAAGUCCAGGAAAAACUUGCAAGUAUGCCGACAAGCCUUUCUUGAUAUUCUUCUAAUAAAACCAAGUCGUCUUAAAGGGGUGUUGACGAGACACUGGAAGUCUGGCUGUGUAGCCGAAGAAAGACGAGGUGGAAAUCGCAAAGAAUAUGAAUUUAGGUCAAAAAAAGAAGCUGUCAUAAAAUUCAUUCAAUUUUUUAAGCCCCUUUGACCAACAUUAUACUCGAAGUAAGAUUAGACAGCGAAUUUACCUUGAUUCAAGACUCAACAUCACUAAGAUGUUCAAGAUGUAUAAUGAUCAAGCUGCGCCAGGAAUGUCAGUAACACAUUCAUUUUUCAGAAAAGUUAUUAACCGUAACUUCAACAUUGGAUUCGGAACACCCCGAAAAGAUGUUUGUUCAACCUGCUUACAACUACAGGAACAAAUAAAGUUUUAAAAAUGUAAAGUUAAAAAACAAAAACUGAUGAUCCAGCUACAAAUCCAUAAGCUAAGAGCCAAGGCCUUUUUUGGCAAACUUAGAGAAGAGAAAAAUAGAUUGAUCACUAUCAGCUUUGAUUGCCAGAAGAAUUUACCAUUACCAAAAUUGGCGGAUCAAUCUAUUUAUUACUCCAGGCAACUUUAUUUAUACAACUUUACAGCAGUAAUAGGUUCUUCACACUUAAAACUUGAAAAGUAAAAUGUCAUGGCAUACACUUGGACUGAAGAUGUCACGUAUAAAUCUUCGACAGAAAUCUGCAGUUCAUUAUACCACUGUCUAAAUUCAACAGACACUGAAAAUAUAAAUACCAUUCGAUUAAUGGCGGACGAAUGCGGAGUCCAAAAUUAAAAUUCAUUUCUCAUCAGCAUGGCAAAUAAAUGGCUCGGAGAGGCUCCACCGACAUUAAAAACUAUCGAUAUUAUAUUUCUAUUUACUGGACAUUAAUUUCUGCCGGCUGACCGUAUUUUUGCACUGACAGAAACUCAAAUAGGUAAACUGGAAACAAUAGUGGACCCAAACGAAUAUGAGGUUAUAAGCCGGCACACGCAACUGUUCAUAAAUUAGGUACAGGAGUACCAGUUUAUGAUUAUCGUUCUGCCGUGGCAAAACCGGUCAAGCCCGCCAGUAAGUGGCACUUUCAAAUAAGUAAAGUGAAAAGGGUCAUUUUGAGAAGAGGAAAAAGAUCACGCAACAUUUCGUACCGAACCCAAAAGCAUACUACGCUCCACCAAAAGUUUUACGCAAAUGACUCCAGAACAAGUUCAGUUGGGAAUUGCAGUCGAUGAAUUGAAAUUAAAAAAUGUGAAAGAUUUACUCACAAAACAUUAUGGCUCUGACUGGGCUAACAUGGAAGUGCUGAUAUUUUACAAAAACGUUCUAGCUAGGGAUCAUAGGUAGGUACCUCGAAAUUCCAGACAGUGAUGAGUGUUGUGAACAUGAAAUCGAAGAAUCAAUAGAUUUUGUUUGAUAAUUUCAUUUCGUUUCAACGUAAUUAUCAAAACUCAAACUUCUAAAUCAAAAUAAGGAACAAAAUGAUUUUUAACAAAAACUAAUAUUUUCAAUAAAUACUACUAAAUUUUUAUGAUU